AGGCGACCAGAUCGACUAUCAACUUGCAGUCCGAAGCACAGCAGGAGAUGAAGAGGGUGUCCUCCCACUCACCCGGAAUCUGCACAACGCACUCAAGGAUCUGAUGAGGUCCGACGUGCAGCCAAAGCGUUUCUGGAUCGACCAGAUCUGCAUCGACCAGAAGGACUUGAAGGACAAGGAAGCACAAGUCAAGAGAAUGGGCGACAUCUACCGACAAGCCAUGUUGGUGGUCACUUAUGCUGGACCGGAGUCGAGCGAAGAUGAGGAAGCCAUUUCGUUGCUGGAUACGCUUGCAAUCCAGUACAUCACUCCUUUCUGGACGCAUUACCUGCACGACGACAUGUGGAAAUGGUUGAUGACGCUUGACGCGGAGCUUGAAGAUGAUGGCGGGCUCGAAAUCGACACGACCGAUCACGCGGAUGCGACGUCGGAACUCAGUCGACUUCGGCAAAGGCUUCGGAGCCCGUUACCUGUUCACAAAGGUUGGGGAGGCUUGAUGCGAAUCCUGCUAGGCUCGUGGGGUCGUCGCAGAUGGAUGGUCCAAGAGAACGUGCUUAAUCCCAAAGUGCUGAUACUGCGAGGCGGGAGGACUCUUGACCAGCGAACCAUCCUGAUCCUUUGCGGCUUUCUUCUAUUCAAGCUCUGGGAUCGACGACUACCCAAUGGGGGGAGACUCUCGGACGAAGACGCGCGAAACCUCUCGAACGUCUCAAUGUUGUGGCGCAUACAGCGGGUGGUCAUGACCGAGACACAACUCAACCUGAGCGACCUGCUCCACUGGUUCCGCAACUCCUUGUGCAGUGACCCGAGAGAUGCUGUGUAUGCACUUCUUAGCCUAGCGCAGGACCGAGAGGCACUGGGCAUCGAAGCCGACUAUUCAAAGUCGCUCGAGGAUGUCCUGGUGGACACAGCCGUGGCCAUGCUUAGUAAGGACGGUUUGAGCAUGUAUCUCAAGCAGAGAGACGUGCCAGACAUCGCGCCCGAGAAAGGGGUGCCGUCGUGGGUGCCGAUGUGGGCGCCCAGGCACCAAGCGACAGGCCUCGUCCAGACUUCUCCUUACACUCGUAUCAAGCUCAGUAGCCCGGCUGCAUCGGUCUUGAGAUUCCAGAACAACAACCGGGUCCUAAUUGUCAAGGCUGUUCCAAUCGGAGCAAUAUCAAGGAGCUUCGGACUCGUGGAGAGGCGGCCGACCCAGCAUGUCCAGCAGUUCCUCAGGAGUCCGACCACAGCACAAGCCCACCCAGCCGGCCAGGCGUUCCAAAAUGCUGCCGAGUACCUUUCGUCGCAGGGGAUGGCAGAGGAUGACGUCACCUACACUCUGGCUCGGGCCUUCCUUGCCACCACAUCAUGGAAGGCUCACGAUGAUCACGCAGCACUGACCCAAAGCUCAAAUAAUGGCCAGUUGACAGAUUGUGAUGAAUGUGCACGCCACAUCAGGGCAGGGUACCGCGCCGCCAUGAGGAUCCUCGUUCCAGGACCUAAUAUGCCGCACGGGACCAAGCUACGAGUGCAAUCUGAGACACUUGACGGAACUCCCGGGCCUAGUCGCACGGAGAUCGAGGCUGGCGUAGAGUUUAUCCGGCACUUUGGCAUUCACGGAGCUCAGCUGGCACUAGCUGGAGACUGUGAUCUCUCGUGGAUCCCGGUGAGAAGCCGGCCUGGUGACCUUAUUUUCAAGCCCGUGGGUAUUACGACUACGUUCGUCUUGAGGCCGACUUCCGACAGCUGCCAAGAGUAUCGAAUGGUCGGGACCGCCUUUGUGCAUGGGUAUAUAGACGGGGACGCAUUCAAGCUGGAGCAUGGUUGGGAGCAGAGUGCCCAGGAGGUGCGUAUCGUCUGAUUAGCGCGCAGUGUGCGAGUCGUGGGUGGUCAAGAUAGUCUCGGACGAUUCGUCGUGAUAAUGUCAUUUACUAAGCAGUACGUCUAAGCGAUCAACAUUUUACAUUGUAGGC